AUGUAAAAAUUAUUUGGUUCCACGUAUGAUUAUCUAACUAUUAGUCCAAAUUAAGCUAGAGCAAUAACUCAUUCUGGUAUUUCUAUUAAUUAUAAUUUUUAGCCACUUAUGUAAAAGAAGGAACAGGAAAAUAAGCUAUUAGAAAGAUAUAUGGUAAUGGAGGUGGUGGAGUGCCAUUUGAUUAAUAUGAAUAAUAAAUGUUAGGCUAAUUGAAGACAAAAUUAAAUGGAUUAGCUAGGUAUUUAUUUAUGUGAAUAUAAUAGUCAUUAUCCUGACACAUUGUUAUAUCGAUUCUUGUAUUCAUUUCGUUUUGGUUUAGAGGAAACCUAUAAUGGAAUAAAGAGUCAUGAAGAGUGGUUGAAUAAUCCUUCUACAUUCUAAUUAAAUAGUGGAUCAUAAGCUAUUUUGGUAAUUGUUUGAGAUUGAAUUCUAGGACAAAGGAAUUAUUUAUAUGGGAGGCAGAGAUAAAAAAUUUAGGCCAUCAGUGAUUUUCUAAGUGGGUUUAAUUGAUUAAAAGAAUAUCAAAGGUGAAGAAUUCUUAGCAGCAUUAAACACCGUUUUUAUGAUUACAUAGCAAUAUUGUUUUUAUGAAGGAUUCGUUGAAAAUUGGAUAAUUUUAAUUGAUACAGCUGAAUUAGGUCUAUUAAGCUUGCCUAUAGAAAUAUUAAAGAAGAUUAUUUCAACAGCUGCUGCCCAUUAUGUAGGAAAUUUAGAAAAACUAUAUCUGUUGAAUCCAUCAAUGGGUCUUAAUAUGUCCUGGAGUUUGGUUUCCAGUAAAUGAAUUCAUUAAUAUUCUUAGAAUUUAUUGAUGAAAGAUCAAACAAGAAAAUACAAUUUCUGUAAAAAAAAGAUUUCUCCAAAUUACAAGAAUAUUUUGAUCCAAGCUAAUUAGAAGUAUAAUUUGGUGGAACAAUGCCUAAGAUUAAAUAGUAUUGGCCUCCAUAACCUACAAUUCAAAUUGAGAAACCUUAAGAAUUGUAAUAAUCAUAUUAAAUUCAAAACUAUGAACCAAGUGUUAAAUCAUAAAAAUCUAAGAGAUCAGAACCAUAUAAUCAAUAAAAGUAUUAAACAUAUUAAGCUCCAUUUAAGAAAUCAUAACAAGAUUCACAAACUCUUAAUUUAUAAGAAUCAUUAAAAUAGGAAUAUUUUGAUUCUAAAUUGAAUUUACCUGUAGUUUAACCUACUUAAUAAGCAUCAAAUAAAUUAAUAUAAUCAAGAUAAACAGAAGAAAGACCAUCUUAAUUAACAUAAAAUUUUGGUUAUGAAAGUAGUAUAUAAAAACCAUAGAGAUUGGAGUUUUAGAAUGUGAAUUCAGAGUCAUCUAGAGAGAUUUAGCAUAUAUCCUUCUAAGAUUUCCAUUUUGCUUCAUAACCAUAAAGCAAUCAAUAAUCAAAUUAAGGAAAAUAAAGUUAUAGAUAAAAUAUAGAAGAGAGACAACUUUCUAAAUUUCCAGUUAUUGAAGAAGAACCAUAUGAAAGAAAGAGUUAAUUUUUAUAGUAAUCUAAUGGAUAUCCUAGUGAAUCAAAAAAUUUUGUUGAAGAACCUUUAGAUUCAACUCGUUUUAGACAAUCUUAAUCAUUAAGGAAAUCAAAUAAAUAAUAUCAUUUUAGUAAAUAGGAAUUUCAUCCUCCAUAUCCAAAUGCAUUACCUUCAGGACCUGUAAUUUUAGGGGCUACUGAAAAUUAUGAAGAUGAUUUUCAAAAGAAAGAAAAUAAAAAAAUACCCCAAUCUAAUUAUUAAUAACCUAAACCAUAAGAAAUCAAAUAAUAUUAAACAACAUAAUAAUAAGCAGAAUUAUAACCACCACCAUAGACUGGUAUAUUAAAAAGAACAGCAUGUUUCUAAGCAAGAGAUGGUAAAUACACAGCUUGUGAUAUAUUUUGA